AUGCUGCCUCCGGGCAGGUUUUGGGAUGGGCCUUUUCAAGAGAAGGAUCAACGCGCAUUACCGCGUGUGAGGAUAGGCAGGCACUUUGACGAAAGAAUCAACUGCACGCCUUGGAGAAGCAUAAAAGGGCCCAUCAGCAAGUGUCGGCGUGAUGAACUGACUUCAGAUCACUCAGAUCUUGAGAAAGAAAAAGAAAAAGAAAAAGAAAACUCGCCAUUCGCGAAUUGGCUUUUGACAUUCAACAACGUGAUAUGCCCCAAAGAUCUCGAGGACUACUGGCCGGAAGGCCAUCACGGCACGGUCCUGAUAACUUCUCGCGAUCCUGACUUUAUACCCGCGCCUGACACAGUACCAAAUAUGCGGCCAGUGAACGCAGGUAAUAGGAUUGAUGCUGCAAAAUUGACCAACAAGAUACACCGCGUGUACCCAUCGCCAUUAGGCAGCUCGUAG